CGAUCCGGCCGUGAGAGCGGGCGUGCCCGUGCGCGUCGUAAUGAUCUCACUACAUAAAUGUCAAAUGAGAUGAUUUCGAAAAAAAACAGUGACAUGUGCUUCUUACUAACCUAAACAUUGGUUCGGACGCUAUGGUUUUUGUGUUACACAGUGCGUUUUUAGCAUAUUAACCGUUUUUUCUCUUGAUAUUCUGCAGCAAAAUUUAUAGUUCCGGUUCCGUGAUCGUGUUUUCGCUUGGUAGCUAACUUAUAAAACAUUUCAGGUGUCUUGAAGCCUGCUUUAGUGACUGGGAUUUAGAUGAUGACAGUGUUUGUGUGUUUUGGAUGAUCAGUAAUGCAAUAAUCGCGAUGGACCGCGUGAGUGGCGUGUGUAGAUUUGGCGGGGUGGUGUCGGCGGUUCGGACGAGGACUGGCCGGAGUAGGCGGCGUCUGGCCGGCCAGAACCAGAUGCCAGAAGACCUCCCAGAGCCUCCGAGAAGAGGCCUGGGCGCCAUCCUAGUUCUAGCCUGCAUCAUAGUCUACCACAACUGCCUAUACUGUGGCUUCGUCUUCGACGACAUCAGUGCCAUAAAAGAAAACAGAGACUUGAGACCCCAAACGCCAAUCUCCAAUAUCUUCCUCAACGACUUUUGGGGAACUCCUAUUCAUAAGGAACAGUCCCACAAGUCGUACCGGCCGCUGACUGUGCUCACGUUCCGAUGGAACUACGCGGUGCACGGCCUCCAGCCGGCCGGGUACCACCUGGUCAACUUGCUGCUACACGCGCUUGUAUCACUCUUGUACUACAGGGUCUGCGCUAUGUUCCUGCCAGAGUUCGCAAGUUUCGUCGCCGCCAUCUUGUUUGCCGUGCACCCCAUACAUACGGAGGCUGUAACCGGUGUGGUGGGCAGGGCCGAGAUGCUAUCGUCACUGUUCUUCCUUGGUGCAUUGCUGUGCUACGCGCGUGCUGCUAGCAGAAGACGAUAUACAGACUGGCGGUACGUAGCGGCGUGCACAGCAUGCGUUGGCGUUGCUAUGCUGUGCAAGGAGCAAGGCAUCACCGUCACCGGCGUCUGCGUCGUCUAUGAGCUCUUCGUGGCUCAGAAGCGCCGAAGCUCAGGUGGUGGCAGCCGUUGGUCCUGGCUAGAGGCAUGGGGCAAGGGCUCUGGCUGGGGCUGCGCGUGCGGCGAGGCGGCGCGCCGAGUUGCUACUGUCUGCUGUGCAACGCUAGCGCUCCUGGCGGCGAGAUUACACGUCAUGGGUGCUCAACUGCCCGUGUUUACCAGAUUUGACAACCCUGCUGGCGCUGCUCCACCACCAGCCAGGUCUCCUAAGAUGUAUGGGGCUGCGCGUGUGGCUACCGUCUUCUGCGCAAUGCUAGCGCUCCUAGCAACGAGAUUACACGUCAUAAGCGCGCAACUGCCUGUGUUUACUAGAUUUGACAACCCUGCUGGCGCUGCUCCACCACCAGCCAGCUGGCGCUGCUCCACCACCAGCCAGGUAAUAAAACCUUCUUUUGAGGUUAAAAAUCUAGCUCCUAAGAUGUAUGGGGCUUCCAUGCGCCGAGUAGCUACCGUCUGCUGCGCGACGCUAGCGCUCCUAACGGCAAGAUUACACGUCAUGGGCGCCCAACUGCCCGUGUUUACCAGAUUUGACAACCCUGCUGGCGCUGCUCCACCACCAGCCAGGCAUUUAACCUUCGCCUAUCUGCCUGCUCUCAACGCCUGGCUGCUGACGUUACCCGAAGCUCUAUGCUGCGACUGGACGAUGGGAACAGUGGCUUUGGUCCGCUCGUGGAGGGAUCCAAGGAACCUCGCCACCCUCGCGUUGGCUACAAGCCUCAUCGCUGCAGCAGUACAUGCUUUGAGGACCAGGUCGUCUGCUCUUUCUAUGGGCCUAGCAUUAUUGGUGCUGCCAUUCUUGCCAGCCUCGAACCUAUUCUUCCCUGUCGGCUUCGUGGUGGCCGAGAGAGUUCUCUACAUGCCUUCCAUGGGCUGGUGUCUGCUAGUGGCCCAUGGAUGGCGACUCCUCGCCAAGAAACGGGCCAAGCUCGCCGCUGCAGCUCUUAUUUUCCUCUUACUGGCGUUCAGCGCGAAGACCUACGUCAGAAACUGGGAUUGGAAGACUGAAUACUCCAUUUUUGCUUCGGGACUGAAGGUGAACCGCAACAACGCAAAGCUAUACAACAACGUAGGCCACGCCUUAGAGGCAGAAGGCAGCUACGCUGAAGCGCUAGAAUUCUUCAACACAGCAGUCAGCGUACAACCAGAUGACGUCGGCGCUCACAUCAACGUCGGCAGAACGUACAACCACCUGGGAAGAUACCAGGAGGCCGAGGAUGCUUACGUCAAAGCAAAGUCGCUACUGCCAAAAGCAAAGCCCGGGGAGUCCUACCAAGCGAGGAUAGCUCCCAACCAUCUAAACGUUUUCCUAAACCUAGCCAAUUUAAUCUCCAAGAAUGCGACGAGACUGGAAGAAGCAGACAUGCUGUAUCGGCAAGCGAUUAGCAUGCGAGCUGAUUAUACACAAGCCUACAUCAAUAGGGGAGAUAUCCUCAUCAAAUUGAAUAGGACUAAGGAAGCUCAAGAAGUGUAUGAAAGAGCACUCCUUUAUGAUAGUGGAAAUCCGGACAUUUAUUACAACCUUGGCGUAGUCCUCCUCGAACAAGGCAAGGCGUCGCAAGCGCUAGCCUACCUGGACAAAGCGCUGGAAUUGGAACCCGAGCAUGAACAAGCGCUGUUGAACUCCGCUAUACUGCUGCAAGAGCUGGGCGCUGCCGACCUGAGGCAUUUGGCCCGCCAGCGGCUGCUGAAACUCCUGGAUAAAGACGCUACAAACGAGCGCGUGCACUUCAACCUUGGCAUGGUGUGCAUGGACGAAGGCGACGCGGAAUGCGCCGAGCGCUGGUUCCGCGCAGCAGUGCACCUCAAGCCUGACUUCCGAUCCGCGCUCUUCAACCUUGCUUUACUACUAGCAGACAGAAGAAGGCCGCUGGAAGCAGCUCCCUUCCUUAAACAGCUGGUGCGACAUCACCCCGACCACGUGAAGGCGUUGGUGCUCUUGGGAGAUAUCUACAUCAACUCCGUCAAGGAUUUGGACGCAGCUGAGAGCUGCUACCGCCGCAUCCUGGAACUGGAGCCAGAGAACGUGCAAGCGCUCCACAACCUUUGCGUGGUAGCGGUCGAACGCGGCAAACUGGCCGUAGCCGAGGAGUGCCUGACCAGAGCGGCUGCUUUAGCGCCCCAUGAGCACUACAUACAGCGCCACUUAGCGGUCGUUAGAGCGAGACGCAAUCCCCCCUCGAACCCCCCGCCCACCCCUGCUAGCGAAGUGCGAGCGAGAUGGAACUACAUCCCGCAACAACCCCCCGACCCUCACGAGGCGGAGGGGUCAUAGCGAACACGCGCGAUGUAAAUAGACUUAGAUCGGUGGCUGCGCGGGUGCGGUCUUCAAAUGUUUUAUCUUGGAGCACUAUUAAGUACAUAGUUUGUCUUUAAACGAUUUUCAACAUUUUGGUUACUGAAACAAAUCAAAAAUUCAUAAUAAAUAUUUUUUACAAGUUAUCCAUAGAGAUAUAGAGUAACACAAAGUAAUCAAAAUGUGUGCUCAUUAUCCACUGCGGUAUCAGUACUCAACGUUCGAAUAAUCUUUAGUACUACGCAAGCAAUGCAACGUCUGCAGCAAUGUGUUCUGUUUUUGGGCAUAUUGCUGCGACGCAUGCCCCGCCCCCUUGUCACAUCUCCCUUUAGUUUCUGUGAUCUGUGGAUAGAAGCUAUCAAAAAUAAAUCCGCUUUGCUACCAUCUUGAUUAGGAUGUCAUCAGAAUUACCUUUAAGCAAUUUAUGGUGUAGGUACUGUUUCAUCGAUUACCUACUCCAUUACUUAGUGCUUCAGGAUAACAAAGAGGAGAAAACACCCGCGAGGCCAGCCUACAACACCAAUCGAAUUCGGCCAAUACCUACCCGUUUUUGUUUCAAUUAACAGGGUACUUAAAUUUCUUUUCCCAAAUGCAUACGAUAUUUUCGUAGCGUACGAUCUCUUAUAGAAAAGCUUAUGAUUUGCAUACGGCGUUCCGUGAUAUUAGUUUUUACACUAUAAUUGUAUGUAUGCCAUGUGUAUAUUAUAUGAUAGGUAUUAUGUAGAAUAUGUUGGAACGAGCUUUUUAUCAUUUAGCCUGGUAUACGGACUAUAAUUAUCUGUGCGUACUGAAAAAGUAAAAGAAAUAGUUCGAUAGGUGACGUAAUUUGAAAUAAUACCUUCCUACUUUAAUCUAGUCACAAUGCAAUGCUCGUAUGUUUAGUUAACGUUUGAACUAAAGUCAAACUGUAGUUUAUUUUGAAAAAGACUUGGUAAAUUACGUCUUCGGUGUUUAGUUUGUGAUGUAUUUCUCUAUAUUUUUAUCGAAUGUGUACUAAUAAAGAUUGCAUUGUUGUAAUGUUGUCCUGUGCUUCGGUUAGCCGUUGGGACUAGCAUUAGCAUCCCCGCAUAAUCGAACCCCGUACUGAUACAGUAUCUAAUUGUAACUAAAUAUGUCAUUUUGUAACUAUGUCUUAAUUGUACAAGAAAACUUAUGCCCCAUGUAUGAUACUUAUAUUGAGCGUUUCUAUUUAGUUAUCAGAUACUUUUAUUUCUGAAUGAAGCUGGCUUAAAAUUCGAAAAGAAAAUUAAUGAAUAUAUUUUAUGAAAACCGGCAUUGGGUCCGGCGAAGCGCUCUACGUGUCAUUAACAACUGAUAAAAAUAUUAUUUUCGUAAGGGCUAAUGUUAUAUUGUAAAAAUAAAUGAAAGUGAUCGACCGUUAUUAGAUUUAGAUGUGAAAAUGUAAUGUUGUUAAUGUUUUAAGAUAAAAAAGUAACUUUUGUAAAAACUGAAUUUUUUACAAUGUCUUGAAACAUUCCUGACGGUGACUCUGACAUGAGUUGGUGAAUUCGUAAGGACCCCGAAUAUUAUAAACUAUUUGUCGUCAAAACGUUUAUUUUUAUAAAAUAAAAUGAUGUUUCAAAUGAGUCAA